GAGCUGCCCGUCAGUGUCCCGAUGACGCAAAGCAACCGGGACUCGUGCAAUGUGAUUGAGCUUUUACCACCGGACAAACGAGGACAUCGUGUUUGAGCUCCACUUGCCAAGUGGGUCAACGUGAAAGCAGUUUAGUGAAGUGUAAAGGAGAACUUUUAACCGCUUUAAUGAAGAACGACUUGUCUCCAGCAGCAGUAGCAGCAGCGAGACGAAGAGUUGCUCACAUGCUCUCUGCAAAGACGUCUUCGAGGAAACAGAACGAUUAUAGCUACCUGCCUGAUGCGCUGCCUCCUCUCCCUGAAGUCCCGGACUCCGGCUCAGUCCUGAGCUCCGUUGACAUACCGGCCCGCUGCCUUCGCAACCCGGCCUUCCGCCACACCUCGUUGCGCUACUGCUCCGCCCUCAGCAUGGACUCCUCCCCCGACAGCGCCGAGCGGCCCAUCAGCUACAGCUCCACCUCUUCCUCCGCCUCCUCCCGGGACAGUCACUGCUCACUGGGCAGCCGAUCCACCCUCGUCCCCGCCCCUCACUGUAACCCGGUGAUGUCAGACCGGGACUCCGGGGCGAUCCAGCUGGAACUGGUCCCGGCCCGGCAGCUGGGAUGCCGGGCGGAAGAGGACAGAAAUGACGGAGGGAUGGACACGGGGAGGGGACAAGGAAGACAGGGCAGUGAACAGACUCUGACAGAACAUUCAGAACCAGAGGUGAGUCCAGAUGGAGGAGAGCGGACGGGUCAGGUGCAGGGACCCAGGACCUAUGUGGACCGGGUGGUGCAGGAGAUAAUGGACACAGAGAGAACCUACGUCCAGGACCUGCGGAGUAUUGUAGAGGACUACCUGGAGUCCAUCAGUAAUCAGUCUCGGCUGGCCCUGAGCUCUGAGGAUAAAGGCUCUCUGUUCGGAAACAUCCGGGACAUCUACCACUUUAACAGGGACCUUCUUCAUGAUCUUGAGAAGUGCAACGCUGACCCUGUGGCCAUCGCAGAGUGCUUCGUAUCCAAGAGUGAAGAAUUCCACAUUUAUACACAGUACUGCACCAACUACCCACGGUCGGUGGCUGUGCUGACAGAGUGCAUGAGGAACAAGGCGUUGGCCAAGUUUUUCCGCGAGCGCCAGGAAUCUCUGAGGCACUCCCUGCCCCUGGGCUCCUACCUGCUCAAGCCAGUGCAGAGGAUCCUCAAGUACCACCUACUGCUGCAUGAGAUAGCCAACCACAUGGAGAAGGACACGGAGACCUAUGAGGUUGUGCAGGAAGCCAUAGACACCAUGCAGAGAGUGGCCUGGCACAUCAACGACAUGAAGAGGAAACACGAGCACUCCGUUAGGUUGCAGGAAAUCCAGAGCCUGCUGACAAACUGGAAGGGCCCUGAUCUGAUCGGCUACGGGGAGUUGGUCCUGGAAGGAACAUUUCGUCUGCAGCGAGCCAAAAACGAGAGAACUCUCUUCCUGUUCGACAAGCUUCUGCUCAUUACCAAGAAGCGAGAAGAAACAUACACUUACAAGGCUCACAUACUGUGCUGUAACCUGAUGCUGGUGGAAGUUAUUCCUAAAGAGCCGCUGAGUUUCAGUGUGUUUCACUACAAGAAUCCCAAGCUUCAGCACACAGUCCAGGCCAAGUCGCAGCAAGACAAGCGCAUGUGGAUCUUACACCUCAAGAGACUCAUACUUGAAAACCAUCCGGCCAAAAUCCCUGCCAAGGCUAAGCAGGCGAUUUUGGAGAUGGAUGCAUCACAUCAUCCUGGGUUUCAUUACAGCCCUGAUGGAGACAAGAGGGAUUCACCUCAAACCAAGGAGGGUCCAACCCCUCGUAGAGGACGCAGGAAAGAACCUCUAUCCAAAUUACUGAAGAAUGCCAAGCAGAACGCUGCCAACACAGACGGAGAAAAGAGAAUAAGUCUGGGCGCCACCUUGCUCUCACCAAUGUCCCAGCUGGCUUUGGGCACCAUCGGUCGCAGUCGCAGCCUCAUUAACCAAUCGCAGGAGUCCCUGGACCCCGGCGACCACUACGACCACAGCGACAGAGAAGAGGAGCAUCAUCAACAAGAUGCUGAUGAUGAAGACGACAGUGGACUGGGAGGCGGAAAGCGGCUGCGAGUCCCUGGCAAAAGCAGCAGGAAGAGGCUGAACCCUCAGGCAUCUGUGGACAGUAUAGAACAGUGGAAAACCUUCAACAUGAGCUCUACAGACCUACAGAAAGCCAGAGAAACCCUAGUGAGGGAUGGAAGCCGCCACCCGCCGCUUCUCAGGACACCACAUGUGAUGGAGGAGCCUCCAGAAACCCCCGUUCCCUCUGUGAUAGUCACAGAAAGCGACCAUUCAGUGAGGAACAUCUGGGCGGACCACCGCGCUCGCCGGGCCAUGUUCCCCACCCGCCAGCGAACCAUGCAGCCCGAUGACGAGGACGAGGACAUCUACCAGAUGUUUGUCCCAACGGAGCCGAGCGGACCGGAACCAGAGGCGCCCUCGGAGAGGUCGGAGGCCACCUCGUCGCCCAAGACGGCUCGGCCCUGCAGCUGGCACGUCGAGCAGGUGCCCACGGUGCAGAUUGACCCUCCGGCCGAUGGGAGCAGAGUCCUGCGGAGGGCGAGCAGCGCGGGGGAGAAGGCUACGGAGGACCGACAGAGCCCUGAUGACGACCACAGCAACUUGGAAGUGAUCCACACCGAAUCCUCCAGCAAUGACAUAUCUGGAUCAUCCUCAGCCGAGCAGCUGACGAUAGACGAUAUUGAAAAUGUGUAUGACAACAUCAGCUAUGAGGACUUAAAGAGCAUGGGCCUCGUCAGAAGAGACCCUGAGGACGGCCAGUCACGGAAAGAAGCCUCUACGGAUGGUCCCCAGGGCCAAGCAGCACGGGGAUUAAACACUCCAGAGGCUCCUGUGGUCCCAAUGAUUGAACCGGACACCUCCUCUGAAAGCAACCGCUCCUCCACACAGGAGGGCCCAUGUGAGCUCAAGAUCGUAGAGGAGAACAUCUAUGACACCAUCUGUUUCAGAGAGCCCCCAUCGACAGAGCUUAAAGGAACGAAUGAAGGCAACAAACUAAAACAAGAGCGGGACAGUCUGCUGGCCUCUGAGCAAGACCUGACUGAAAGCCUCGGAGGGUUUGUGUCUGAGGAGAGCCUCCACUUUGGAGAGGAUGAAACACCAGACAUCUCCCAUCCCGUCCCGUGUCCCUCUGAGCCGGAUUACUCCUCCUCGUCUGCCUCUGAGACGUUCUCUCAGCGCUCGCAGAAAGGGGACAAGAUGUCCGAGCAAGUCGAUGAGAUCUGGAACGAUUUAGAAAAUUAUAUCAAGAUCAACGAGAAGAAAGCCGAUAGACUCCCUGCCGCCUUCCCCGUCAGUGCCAGUGAGUCGCCGAAGAAGGCCCCCUCGGUCAAAACCAGCCCUACAAAGAGCCCCCCUGUAGUUAGUCCUCCAGCAGCCAGCCCUCAAACCUCAAAGAGUCCCCCAACACAUCAGCCGAAACCGCCACCCGUCUCCUCCAUGCCGUCGUUCACCAUCCCCGUCAUCAACCUCCCCGACAGUCAGAGUGAAGUCACCGCCGCAGAAGAAAACCACGGCCCUGCUCCAGCGUCACGCCCUCUCCCCGACACCCCAGAGCCGCCCCCAGGCACGGUCAAGAGCAUCCGCAACAGACUGGCUCGCCUCAGCAGCGGCAGCUUCCGCCUGGAGGACGACGACCUGGUGGAGCUCCCUCAGCGAAACACCCCUCCCAAGCACAUUCCCCUCCCGGACAUUCACAGCUUGUUUCCAGGGGAGCUGGCAGGUCUGGACUCACCGCUGGCCUCCUCCUCUCUCCUGCUGGGGGAGUCCGUGGACUUGGAUCUGGAUAAAUCAAAGAACCGGGUGUUCCUGAUGGCACGGCAGUACAGCCAGAAGAUCAAAAAGGCCAACCAGCUGCUGCGCAUGAGGAGCAUGGACCCUGGAGACGCUUGUAGUCGGGCCAGAGUGGAGAAGAAGCAGAAAGACUUGGCAGCGAUCUUGGAAGAGAAGAAACAAGGAGGCUCUGCCAUAGGUGCGAGGAUAGCGGAGUACUCCCAGCUCUACGACCAGGUGAUGUUUAAGGAUCCUCCCGGUCCAGCCGGCCCACAUCACAGCCAUCCAGGGCUGCCGUCUUCCCCGUCGAUGCCCGAGACCUCCCUGGAGGAGGACUGGCUCCACUCCACUUACAGCAACGGAGAACUGGCCAGCUUCAUCUCCUCGUCCAGCGAGUUGGACGACGCUCGAGCAUCUUCCACCCCGCAGCGCAGACUCACCUCCGCCUGCUCCAUCCCGUCUCUCAAGACCUCCUCUCCCUCUCCGGCCAGCCCGCCGACCCAGAGGUGGAGCUCGUGCAUGUCGGCGCCGAGCGAAAAGGAGGAGCAUGUGUACAGUUCUAUUAAGAGAAAUCCUUCCUUUAACGCUCCGUCCUCUUCGAAGACUUCCCAAUCCGGCCACUGUCAGUCACUCGGCUCUCUGGGCGGCCAGGAGAAGAACCAGUCUGGACUCAAAUGUAACGGACCCACAGAGAGACUCCACGGCCCCAGUCUGGGUCGCGUCGGUCGGCAGAGUAGCCUCCCAGAGCGCUCCACCCAGGGACAUUCAGACCUCACUUUACACGACGGUCAACAGGUGGUGGUCCUGAACCGGGCCUCCGCACUGAGUAUACUCAACGCCACCCAGAACUACCUGGCUAACUUUAAGGACGAUGGGGAAGACGACGAUGAUUAUGUAGAGAUCCGCUCUGAGGACGAGUGCGAGCAGGAGCAGGACAGGUUGGCGCGGCGAAACGGCAGCACGGCCGUCCUUUCCAGUCAGAGCCGGGGUCUGCUCCACUCCCAGAGUCUGCCGUGCACCCCGGUGCACUCCUGCGACCCGCUGCGGGCUCUGGACCGCGAGCAACUGGAGAAGUACCUGUGGAGCGAGCCGCAGCAGAGCCAACCCAAAAUCGUCCAGUCUCUGAGGGAGAAGUUUCAGUGUCUGAGCUCCAGUAGCUUUGCCUGAGUCUAUAAAAGCCAAAUAUUAUAUAUAUAAACAUACAGCAUAAAGCAACGAAAGGGACACUGCUGCUUUGCCUUGAAUGCCCUCCAUCAUUCAACAUCAUAGUCCAAAAACAUCUCUAAAACAGUCAUGGA